AUGAAGAUUUCUCUUGUCACUGGUGUCCUAUUAUCCGUGUUAUGUUGUAUCAAAGCUCAGGACGGAUACGGGUAUGACAGCUAUGAUAGUUACGGGGAUAGAGGUUAUGGAGCAAUAGGCUUUUAUGGAAGACGAGGCUAUUAUGGGGGAGAUUAUGAUGGUAAUGAUGGAUAUUAUGGAAGGGGAGGCUACUAUAGGAGAGGCUUUGAUGGUUAUGACAGUUAUGGAGACAGAGACGGAUUUUACGGACGGUAUAGAGGCUAUUUUAGAGGCGGGUAUGACCCAUAUGACAGAUACGAUGGUUACGGUGAUAAUGGGGGAUUUUAUGGUAUGUCAAGACGAGGUUAUUUCAGUGGAGGCAUUUAUGGUCCAUAUCGGAGCUUCUAUAGACGUGGUGGUUUCUCUCCGUACGGCGGUUUCUAUAGAAGAAGUUUUUAUGGCCCAAGAUUCCACGGUUCUCAUUUCCACAUGCACAGACGGUUCAUAUAUUCAAUGCAGAUCUACAAUGGAGACACCGAGGUACAGGCUGCAGGGCACUUGUUGCAGGGAGGUGUUGUUGAAUUGGAAUAA